GAGGAGGAAAGUCAGUGAAGGACAGAUAAAGAGGGACGAUCAAGUCCCAGUUCUCAUUAUAUAUCAGGUGCUGGGAAGGAACACAGAGAGACCAACAGCCACCGCUCUGCCCCAGCCUCUUGCAGCAGCAAGUCAUGCGGUUACUGUGUGUCUUCAUGGCGCUUUGCCUGGGUGUGGUUCAUAGCCAAUUUCCCAGGGAAUGCACCACACAGAAAGCAUUAAAUAAUAAUUACUGCUGCCCAUACUGGAAAGAUGGUAGCCGCUGCGGCUCACUCUCAGGCCGUGGCGAUUGUCGUGACUGGGUAGUACCUAUAGCUAUAGUUCCUCUAAGGAAACAUCAUGGUUACAUUCGCCAAUAUGAUGAUGAUCGCUUGGACUGGCCCAAUCACUAUUAUAAUCACACCUGUGAGUGCUUUGGAAACUAUAGCGGCUUUAACUGCGGUGAUUGCAGGUAUGGUUUCUUUGGAGAAAAAUGUGAGCGACAAAAGACUAAUGUUCGGAAAGAGAUUCGGGAACUCUCACUUGUUGAAAGGAAAAGGUUCUUUAGCUAUUUAGCUUUGGCCAAAGCCACAAAAAGCAAAGACUUUGUUGUCCUGUCCACCGGAGACAGACACCACCGAGACACGUACCGCUUUGUGGAUGCCACAAUCUAUGAUAUUUUUGCUUGGAUCCAUUACUACUCUAUGAAGCCAAUUAUGAAAAAUGGAAUCUUUGAUAAUCGUAAAACCUAUGCUCAUCAAGGUCCGGCCUUUCCUGGUUGGCACCGGUUGGGGCUCCUGUUCAUUGAAAGACAAAUUCAGCUCCUGACAGGUGAUGAAGAUUUUGCUCUCCCUUAUUACGACUGGCGAGGAGACACAAACUGUUCUAUCUGUACUGAUGGUUAUCUUGGUGAAAGUGAUACCCAAGGGAUUCUGGAUGAAUACUCUAACUUCGCUUCAUGGAAAGCUAUUUGCAGUGGGUACAAUUAUAUUGAUGCCUAUUGCCCCGCAGCUGGCGAUUAUUGUCAGAUGGAGAACUUGCGUAGAAAGCCAGGCGCAGACCCUACGAUCACAGGUCUUCCCUCCUUCCAAGAUGUUGAGGACACACUUAAAUGGGAAGACUUUGAUACUCCUCCAUACAACAGCAGGUCACAGAGAAGCUUCCGGAACUGCUUGGAAGGUUUCCUGAGGCCAUCAGAUGGGACAACAUUUGAACGUGGCAUGCAUAACUUGAUUCACGUGUACUUGGGAGGGACAAUGUCUCAAGUUGCAAUUUCUGCCAAUGACCCAGCAUUCAUGUUACACCAUGCUUAUGUCGACAAAUUAUUUCAAGUGUGGAUGCAGAGACAUAAUGCAACAAUGGCAAUGUAUCCUGACAACGAUCAACCAGGACAAGGCCCCGCAGAGUGUGCUACACCCUACUUCCCAUGUUACACAAAUAGAGAAUUUCUAUCCCCCGACAGUGCCGCUGGUUACAAAUACUCUGAAUAUCGGGGUCUGUAGUGUAAAGAGGCUUUUUGGACUUUCACAGAACCUUACAUUGUAGGUUUGUACAGCUGCCUUUUUUAUUAAUGCCUUUGUAAGAACUAGAGAUGAGUGGGUUCAGUUUUACUCGGUUUUACUCUGGUUUACCCGAAUCUCCUUAUUGGCUAUUGGACAUCACGUGUUUUGGUUAGCCAAUAAGAAAAAUCCAGAAAAUAAGAAAUGGCGAUAAUUCUGGCGUAAAGAACUGAGAAAAUCCGAACCCUCUCAUCUCUAGUAAGAACCCACCUUCAUUAUUUCUUUUCCAUUAAGCUUGAUCAAACAGAUCUUUUCUAUGUAUAAAAAAUGUACCCAAUGCAUACGGAACAGCUGGAUUUAUGACACAUCCAAAGGCAGCAUUCACAACUAUUCCUGAAACAUAUGAAAAGCGUUGGUGAAAAACAAAGAAGUCAAAAAGAUGCAGCAGCAUAUCUCAUAAAAGAUACAAAAAGUCAUGUACAAAACAAUAAAUCAAAUACAUAAUGUAACACUCAUAUAUAUAUGUGUGUGUGUAAAAAUUCUUGUAUCAUUCCAGAAAGUGAGAUGAGACUUUCUAUUUACAUUGAUCUUUGAUUCAACGAAUUCUCUAAUAUCAGGUAUUUACAGCUUUGAAAGUUUCCAUACAAUAUCCUUAAUAUCUCCUGCAGACAAGUCUGGUGAGCACAGAAAAAAAAACCUCCCCCGUGAACAAACUAUUUUUUAAUACUCUUAAAACUUUCAUACAUAUAUUUGUGAAUGCAACCAAUGGUUACUAUACACAAUGGCGGAAAAAACAAGCGUUCCUUCCAAAGAUACACAAAAACUUAGAAAACCCACCAGGAAGGUCAAUCGCGUACAGAAUAGAAUCAAUUAUAUUAAAUCUAUCAGAAUAUUUUGAUCACUUCCUGCAGCCAUUUGUGAAGGAACAAAUCAGUUACCUAAAAGAUACCACAAGUACAGUUGUGUCCUGCUAGAACCUUGCUGCUUUUAGCAGAAUUCUGUAAAGGGACUGCAAUGCAUAUGCAGCAAGGCAUGCCUUGUGCAUACUCAUUACAAGUGGCUUUCAUUAGAAUGAAUGGGAGACACAGGUGCAGCUCCCAUUCAGUACAGUGCAAAGCAUACACAAUGCUAUGCCACAAACUGUGUGCCCACCGCAGCCACAGACUAAAAGGACACAUCUGUAUCCUACAAAUUAUUGAAAAAAUACAAUGGAAAGACCACUACUGUGUAUAGGUGAUAUAAAAUCACAUACAUGUAUCAACCAUGAAGAUGGAUAUAGAACAACAAGGCACUUCUUAUCAACACAGACAGAGUACCAAAAUAAUUUUUAUUAUGAGAAGCAUCGAGUACAUCCUUCAAAAUAACUAUUUUUGUUUUGACAGAGAUGUCUUUUUGCAGAAGAGAGGAACAGUAAUGGGCACAUCCUUCGUGCCAAGCUACACAUAUCUUUUCAUGGCUUGGAGGGAGGAUGUGCAUAUUUGGAACAAUAACAUCUAUAAGAAAUACAUUGCAAACUGAUAUCACUAUAUAGAUAAUAUAUUUUUUAUCUGGACAGGAGGACAAGAAGAUCUUAUCAAAUUCAUUGAAAAUGUAAACCAAAAUGACAUCAAACUGGAAUUUACCACAAUUUUAAAUAAAACCAAAGUUGUCUUUUUAGAUCUGGAGAUUUUCAUCAACAAUGAAAAUGUCCUUACAAAACCCCACAUAAACAAAGUAGCCAGCAACAAUCAUAGAACUUGGAUAAGGAAUAUUCCUUGGGGACAUUUUUGCCACUUGAACUGUAACUGCACAGAAGAUGCAACUUUCCAGGAACCAUGUCAGGAAAAUAAAAAAACAGUUCCAGCACAAAGGUUACAAGGAUGAACCACUUUAAGAACAGUAUGCUAAAGAUUCCAGAUUGGAGUGAAAAGAUCUGAUCAUGUACAAAGAAAACAUUUUAAGAAAAAAAUAUAUCCAGAAAUGCCAAUAUUGGUAAUUAUAAGGAAAUAGAACAACUCCUGGUGAGAUAUUAGCAUUUUCUGCAUCUAGAUAAUGAAAUCAAGAACAUCCUACCUGCAAGGUCCCAAAUAAUCUACAGAAAAGUAAAAACCCUUAAACAGGAACUAUCCAGUAGUUACAUUAGAAAAGAAGUGGACGAAAAAACAAAAGACAUAAACAAGGAACUUUUAUUGCCUGAAUUGUAUAGGAUGCUAGAACCAAAUAACAACAACUAAACCAAACAAAGAAUUCACAUCAAGACAAAGAAGACAUAAAAUACGAAAUCAAAUAACUUCUGAAACUGAAUGCGCCAUAUACUUGUUGGAGUGCCCUUGUGGAGUAUAAUACGUGGGCCAAACCAAAUGAAAACUUACACUAAGAGUGACCGAACAAAUUUAUAAAGAAAGGACUCAGCACUCACAGCCUAUCUCAACACUUUCUGGACUAUCACAACAAAGAUCCGAAAGGCCUCAAGUUUGUAGGAAAUCAAAAAGUAAAAACAAUUGGUGAGGACUAAACAUAGUUACAGCACUCAAGAAAAAUUAAACCCACUGGAUGUUCCUCCUAAAAUCCUUGAGACCGUGGGGUCUCAGUAUUGAUAUUGACCUGAAUGUAUUUUUAUAUAAACAUUUAAAAAAAACCUUCCAACCGUGAAGUCUCCCUGACCCCAGACCGCACUAAGGCAUCAGGACUAUAAACAUUGUAUCUUAUUGUGUCACUUGAUGCUGGAUACUAUUGCUUUUUAUUUAUUUUCUUUUUCCUUUCUAUUUUUCCUUUUUUCUAUUUAUUUUACCCAAUUUAAAGUGUCUUUUUUCUUCAUUUGUUCUAUUUGAUUUUAAUCAUAUUUACACACGAACAUCACAUUUAGUCAUGCCAGCACUCGUUUACCUCUAUUAUUGAAUAUACACAAAGCGACAAGCAUUAGAAUUUUGUCUAUUCAGUAAUUGUGGAUUAUAGAGAUAGAACCAACAUCUAAUAGUGUAGUAUUUUUACCUUAGUGCAUUUUCAAAUAAAUAUAAUGUAUUCUGUGUUCCGGAUAUAUAUUAACACUUAAUGCACUCCAACAAGGUCCACUUCCUCUUAAACAGCAAUAGGCAUUAUCAAUACUAAUCAGAGGGUCUCUUUAAGUAUUCACUUGUAGCUUCUCAGCCAUAAAUAAAAACAAAAUUAUCACUCUAUAGUGUAGUAAAGUAUAUAAAUAUAUCAAAUGGGAACAUUUAUUUAUAAGUACAUACAACAAAUUAAUAAAGUAUAAAAGGAUAAAAAAGGCUUAACUUAGGUCUCCAGUUAGGGGGGUGUCGUAGUAAUUGUCGGAGGUUACCCUCAGGAAUAUCAGAACCCAAAACAAAUCCUUAGCAGUACUUCUAGUUUGGAAUCAGGUAGGUCAGGUAUGUACAGGUAUGCUGACUAACGCGUUUCACCUAUUAUAGGCUUUCUCAGGUACUCCACUGACUAUAUGAUAUUUGUGGUUUGACAUAUGCAAAUAUAUUUCCAAUGUAACAACACCAAAAAAAAACAAAAGUGGUGGAAAAAGAAAGUAAUAGAUUGGUGACUACUAGUUCCAGUUCAGGACAAAGAUAGCCAUAACAAUCUAUUUUAUCCACCCUUCUACUGUCAUAUCAGUGCACUUAGCUUUAGAUGGUAGAUUAAAUAUAUAGCGUACAAUACAGUAAAUUGUUAAUGAUUAUCAUAGGCUAAACCUUUCCAAGAAUAAAAUUAGUAAUAGUGACAACUACAGGCUAUUAUUAAAAACAAAAACUGCACCUUAAUAUAAAAUAUCUUGCGUAUCCAAGCCAAAAAAUAGUACAACUGAUGUGUUCUCCAGUGAAAUAUAAAAGGCAGCUUAAAUACAGUAUAUUUUACGAAUGAAACAGUAUAUUGAUAUGCAUAAUGAUCUUUUGAAAGGGACUUAUUCGACUGGCUGAAAUGCCAGAUCCUGCAACUUUAUAUAGACUUAUAGUUAUUCUUACAGAAGCUUCUAUGUUAUUAGCGAGUUCUGAGGCAUAAAUAUUGCUUCAUGUUUUAAAAUCCCAAAAUAUGAUGCAAACUUGUUCCCUUAAUGUCAGGGCUCAUGUAUUCAGACAGACAGAAUGGGAAUGUGUGUUACAGUAUAGUAUCAGCUUCUCUAUACAUUUAUGUGCCUGCACAGUAAUUACAUUUUAAAGCAUAAUCCUGAAUUUAUUCAUACUGUAAUUGAUACAUCUAAUUGUUAAAUAGCAGGUUCUUGUAUUCUAACUUGUACUACUGCAUUCUAAGUAUACCUAUUAGCAGGAUAAUAUUAUUGGUUGCCUGUUAUUUCAUACUGUAUUAUGUCAUUAAUCACCUGAUGCCACCAAAAUGUACCUUGUAUAAAGCUUGUUAAUUAACGAACACAAGUUCUGAAAAUAAAGCCAUGGCUCAUAUA